UAACACCACCCAAUGUUUCCAUCAACAAGAGAAAAACAAUUCUCUGCAUAAUAAUAAUAAUAAUAAUAAUAAUAAUAAUAACUCCUAUAUUCAUCAUAAUAUUACUUCGUUGUUAUUGAUUUUCACUUUGUAUAUAAUUUCGAAUUUUAGGGUUUUGGUUUGUGAAAAAUUAAUAAAAUGAGGAGGGACAUGGAAUUCGAGCGUGUUCUUAGUUACUUCGAUGAAGACGGUGACGGGAAGAUUUCACCUUAUGAGUUAAGAAGUAGAAUGACAAAGAUCGGAGGAGAAUUUCUAUUGAAAGAAGCGGAAAUUGCUAUUGAGUCAUUGGAUUCUGAUGGUGAUGGGUUAUUGAGUUUGGAGGAUUUGAUAACCCUUAUGGAAUCAGGGGGCGAGGAAGAGAAAUUGAAAGAUUUGAAGGAGGCUUUUGAAAUGUAUGAUACGGAAAGGUGUGGGUUCAUAACACCUAAGAGUUUGAAGAGGAUGUUGAAAAAAUUGGGGGAUUUUAAGUCUAUUGAGGAAUGUAAAGUUAUGAUUGGUCGAUUUGAUUUAGAUGGGGAUGGUGUGCUUAGUUUUGAAGAAUUCAGAGUUAUGAUGGAGUGAUUAAUGUGAUGCUUGCUAUGUCUAUGUGUUGUUCAUUGUGUCUACUGUCUACUGCCUGGUUCGUUUCAUUCAUUCUUUUGUACAUUAUUAUGCCUAAUUAGUUUUCAGCUAUGUAAAUUUAUAUAAAUCAUUCAUUUUGUAAUUUGUUUUCUAGCACUCAAUAAUAAUAUCAGUCAUGGAAUACUAACUUUGUGUUAUAAAAUGGACUAAAAAGAACUAUGAAGAACAGAGAAGAUGAGAUUUAUUUA